CUAUGUAUUUACACAUGUAUAUUAUUGAGUGAAAGCGCGUGGCAAAAGUAAACGAAAAAAAAAGAAUAAGAAUAAUUGUUGUGCGUGAGUAGGAAAGAGAGGCAGCUAGCGGGGGUGUUAUUACUCAUCUGUCUCUAUUUUGUGCGUGCGAAUGCGAUAGCAACAAAAACAACAACAACAACGAUUUACGAACGAAGACGACGAAAAACAAGCAGAAGCAGCAGAAGAAGAAGCAGCAGCAGCGGCGCAACAAAUGUUUGUUAAAACGUAACAACAUUUUGAAGCUGAAGGAAAUUAAGAGCCAGGUUUUGUCGAACGGCGGGCAGCCACACAGGGAAAAUGGAGCAACCGUUGAUUGUGCGGGCCGAGUACUCGUUUAUGGGCAGCAACAACGAUGAGUUGCGUUUUAAUAAGGGCGACCUCAUAACGGUGACACAGCGCGAGGAUGGCGGCUGGUGGGAGGGUACACUGAACGAAAAGACUGGCUGGUUUCCCAGCAACUAUGUGAACGAGUACAAGGCCCAAUUGCCGCUGUCAGAGACCAUCCGUCCGCCCGAGGAAAUACAAGAGUAUCGCUCCGUGGUGCUCAAGGAUCUGCUCGACUCGGAGCGUGCCCAUGUCGCCGAGUUGCAGGGUCUGUUCGAGAAUUUCCUGGAGCCCAUGCAGCAGACGCAAAUACUCACCCAAGAUGAGUAUGCGCAGCUGAUGUGCAAUUUUGUGGAGGUGGUGCGCACCCAUGAGGAUCUGCUCAUGCAAAUUGAGGAGUCCAACGAUCGUGUGGGCAAACUAUUUCUAAGCAGCGCCCCAUUGAUGAAGAAAGUCCAUCAGGCCUAUUGUGCGGCACAUCCCAAGGCCAUUGUCAUACUGGACAAGUAUAAGGACGAUCUGGAGAAGUAUAUGGAGCGGCAGGGCGCGGCGACGCCGGGUCUGCUAGUGCUGACCACGGGUCUGUCCAAGCCAUUUCGUCGCCUCGACAAGUAUUCCGCCAUGCUGCAGGAACUGGAACGUCACAUGGAGAGCAGUCAUCCGGAUCGUGGUGAUACACAGCGCAGUGUUGCCGUCUACAAGGAUAUUGCGGCGACAUGUUCGGCGACGCGACGUCAGAAGGAGCUGGAGUUGCAGGUGCUGACGGGCCCCGUGCGCAAUUGGCAGGGCCAGGAGCUGAGCAGCCUGGGCGAUAUCAUACACAUGGGCAGCGUGGCCGUUGGUGCCGAUCAUCGGGAUCGCUAUUUUGUGCUCUUCCCCCAAACGCUGCUCAUUCUGAGCGUUAGUCAGCGCAUGAGCGCCUUCAUCUAUGAGGGUAAAUUGCCGUUAACCGGUAUCGUUGUGAAUCGUCUGGAGGAUACGGAGGCCAUUAAGAAUGCCUUUGAGAUUAGCAGUCCGCUGAUCGAUCGCAUCAUCGCCGUCUGCCAGGGACCCAAUGAGGCCAACAAAUGGGUCGAGCUGCUCAAUGCCAACAAUCCCAGUCUGCCCAUGGGCAUCAAGCGACAGCUGAGCAAUCUAAGCAACUCCUCGCUGGGCGGACAACUAAAUGCAUCGCACCUCAGCCAGCAUCUGGAUGCACGUGGCUACUGCACACGUUUCUCGCUGUGCGCCUACUACAACAACCAGCAGCCACAACAACAGCAGCAGCAGCAACCACAGCAGCAGCAGUACCACCAUCGCAUCACAUUGCCACCCCAUUGUUAUCCACCGACGGCGCCAUAUGCCAAUCUCAGUGCACAUUUUGCUCGACUCGUUCGGUCGGGUCGUUUGCGUGGGGCGAUUGUGAAGAUGCUGUUGUAUCCGCAGGCGAGGCAGAGCAUCGAUCUCAAGCGGAUUGCGUUGCGCAAGAAACGCUGUCACAAGGUCUCCGCCAAGAUGCUCAAGGACAUCAAUGAUAAUGUGGCCGCACCGUCAACAGAGCUGGAGCGACAGGAUGCCUUUGAGCUGCCCACCGAUUCGGAGAGCUAUGACGACGAUGACGAAGAUGCUGAGUAUUUGCUCAGCUGCAACUCGGAUCCCUUUGAAUAUGUGCGCUUCUAUCAGCAUCAACCUGUGGCAUCCAAUUGCAAUUCAACGGGCACUUUUGUUGAUCAUGGCCACAAGCCACAACGACACUCUUCCAGCAUAAAUCUCAUAAAGUUCAAGGACUCACUAGAUUCGGACGAGUUGCUGGUGCAGCAUGAACUCAAAAAGGAAUCCCUUAUCAUUGGCUCGAGGGCGCUGAGAGCGCUGGCUCGCAAGUCCAGUGAACGCACUUCCAGUGUGCACACCUCGACGGCUGUCAUUAAUUUGGGUGUCUCCAGCAUAACCAAUUGCGUCGCGGAGGAGCAGGAGCAGGAGCUGGAGGAAGAUGUGGACGAUUUGCCAGCGGAGUUGAGUUCACAACCAUCUUCCACGCUGCAGCAGCAAAGCUCCGAUGCGAGCAGUUUGUAUGGCGCUCGUUUGGGAGGCGCUUUCAUGGCCUGCGAGAAUUUGGCCAGUAUCCACGAUGAUCUCAGCAAGGAACAGGAGGCGGAGCUGGCGACAGCAACAACACCACCACCACAGCUGCCCGGUUCACCCACCGAACGGCACAGCAUGCCCAGCAUUUUUGUGGGCAAUCGCUUCAAUCGUUGCGUCGACACUGAAGUUUAUGUGCCCACCUGGCGGGAGCGACAGGAUCAGCAGCAGAAUCAAAGUGUCGACGCCACAUUGCUGCACGAUGAGGAUGCUGUGCACGCCAGCUCAAUGGAUCUGCCCGCCGCCUGCCGUACUGCACCCGAUCAGCUGCAGGCCGAGCUGCUCUACAACUACGAACAGGCAGCCAAAACUGAUUGCUCCAGCGGUGAGCUGUGCAUUGAGGCUGCUCCCGCUCCCGCUCCUGCUGCAGCUGCUCAGCGUGAUUCCAUGCGUCGGUGCAUUUGCUAUCAGUAUCUGCAGAUGAACAAUCAACAGGCGAGAUCUCCUCCUCCUCCUCCGCCUUCUGCUGCUCCUGCACCGCCCAGCAGCGGGCGACGGGAUCAGCAGCUGCACAGCGAUUGCAAGUGUCGCUGCUGCGAGAGCUCAACGUGUCCCAGUCCCCGUUCCAGUGACAGUGGCAUGGCUGGCAGCUGCACCAUUGCCUCACCCGAUCCCCCGAGUGCCGAGGAGUGUGGUGUGGGCGUCGAUGUGCUCGACAAUGUGGAGCCCGAGCGACGUUUUGAUGUUUGCGGUUUGUUUCGCGAGAAGUUUCUGACGCCCGAGCAGACGCAGGAGGAGGUGAAGCAAGAGCAACAGGAGAAGGAGAAGGAGACACACGCUGAUCCUCAGCUGGAAACCCCGGCCACGCCCACUAAUCCACAGGCGACAACAACACAAUUCCAAAUCAAUACAAAGAGUAUUUUUCUGGCCUCCAGCUCGAUGGACGAGACCACCCGUGAUUCAAGCAAUCAAUUGCAAUUCAGCGGCAGUUUCUCUGCGGAUCAGCUGAACGAGGAGAUGGGUCAGCCACGACCCACCUUCCGAUCUGGGAUGUAUGCCCACUGGUGGAAGAAGGAGCGCUUGCCACCCGAAGUACUGCGUGGCAUUGCGAGUGCCUACAACAAACGCCUGCCGCCCAGUAAGGAUUCCAGUUCAUCCAGAGCCUCCGUCUGCUCCAGUUGCUAUUGCUCGCUGGGAGCGAGUGGUUUUAGUGAGGGCGCCAUUUAUUGUUCCAUUUGCCACAAUUGUGCUGAUUGUGCCGCAGACACGAGCACCACAAAUACCACAACGACAACAGCAUCCAGUUGUUGUUCCAAUUGUCCUGUGUGCAACAAUGAUGAUGUUAUGGAUCUCAAGGAAGGACGACGCAGAUGCAGUUCAUCGGCUGCGGCACGGAAUGCUUUUGCCGCACAGCCGUCGUAUUCAUCAUCGUUAGAUUGCCCCAUUUGUGCGGCACGCGUAGCUUUAGCAACCGAAGAAGAUGUCUCCGCCAUCGAGCCACAGUUUGUUGCUGCCACCGGGCAGUCGCAACAACAGCAGCAGCAGCAACAACAACAACAACAGCAGCAGCACCAGCAGCAACAACAACAACAGCAACUCGGCUGCAGCGAUGUCACAACACAAACGGAGCCUGUCGUUCAAUCAUCACCUGAGCUACAAUCAAUACACGCACACUCAGCCUCAACAACAUCAUCAGCAUCAUCCACAACAACCACCAAGUCUACCAAGUCAUCUGGGGGCACUAAGCCACAAAUCAAGUUUAGUCCCGACACCAAACAGCAAGACAGCAGCGGCGGCUGCUUCGGCAACAACAGCGGCGGCAGCGGGGGCAACAGCAGCAGCGGGCACAGUGGCAGCAACAGCCACGGAAAACAAUCAGGCAGCGGCGGCAAUUCAGGCGGCGGUGGCAAUUCAGGCAGCAGCAGCAGCGGCGGCGGCAGCGGCAACAACGGCGCCAAACGCAAGGAAAGGAAGCACAAAGGCUAACUGGACCAUCAGCUGUUUGCGUCCGACGCCGCCGUUGCGUCCCAGUUUAUUGAAUGCAACCAGUGGGUCUGGUUCCGGUUCCGGUUCGGCAUCCGGUUCGGGUUCGGGCAGCUCCAACAACGCCUUGGCCAGCUAUUGCAGCGGUCGCAAAAAUCAGCCCACAUUCGAGGAGGAUGCUUUGGUGUUGCGCGUCUUUGAGGGCUAUUGUGCCGCCUAUCAGAACAGCGCCCGGAAUACCAUACACGCGG